AUGAUUGUAAUUUUCCUAACUACGGCAGCCCAAGUCUUAGGGGCAUCGCGCACAAGAGCAAACCCGUUUGUUAGAAGGCCGCGUCUAGAAAGAAACGAGGAGUUCACUGGCGUUGCCAACACGACUGCUUCCGUCUCCAAGUCUACGCACCACAAGGUACAAUUUAUCGAGCUUCGUGCCGACCAUAAAGCUGCCCUGCUGGGAUGCUUGCCAAGACCAAGUGCUAGAAGUGGAAGCGGAGUCUUUUUUUUACGAGCAUGGCGGAAUACUGAGACUUGUCUCAGAGUCACUGGAGUGAAGACUACAUGCUGUGCGACCCGUGGGAGGAGAGCGUGGUCUGAGGCUCUAAGCAGGUGGUGGAGGAUCUAG